ACCAGUACAGGAAGUUCACAACUCCAUAUUCUGACAGUUGAGACAAAGUCUACUUUCUUUGUUUAUUUACCUCACACAUCAAGAUCUGAAUUCAAAAAUGAAUGAAGAAACUUGUAGCUCGGAAUGAACAAGUUGAAGAUUUUCAUUAGAAUAAGAAGGUGUGUUCGUGAGGUUGGUAUGCGGCAGAAAUUAAAUGGGGGCGUGCCAGUCAUGUUGUAAAGCCAAGGACGUGGCGAGGUCAAAUCAGUCAAAUCGGUAUGCCAACGAGUCCAAUCCUUCAGUCUUCAACCCCAAUGCAGAAGUUGUAAUACCUCUCAAUCGUGUUUCUAGUCAUUCUAAUUCAAAUGAGCAAGCAUUAACAGCAAGAAAUAUCAUCAUCACAGACAAGAAAAUGUUUAAUCCGUAUAACAAACUUCCGCCAAUUAAGAAACACAGUAAUGGUGACAGCAAACGAACUUCGUUCAUCUCUAGAGAAUAUUCGGAGAGUAAGGCCAAUGCACUGUUUGAUACCUAUAAAGAUCCAAAAUGUGAUUGUAUUCUGGCCGAAGGAGUGGAAAAAUUCUGUGACGAUUUAGAAGUGCGCCCUGAUGAGUUCAUUGUUUUAGUUUUAGCAUGGAAGUUAAAUGCCGAAACAAUGUGUGUUUUUACCAGAGAACAGUUCAUUAGUGGCUGCCAAAGUAUGCGCGUUGAUUCAAUCAAGGGUAUACAAGCAAAGUUCUCAGAUUUAAUUGCAGAAAUCCAGAAUAAACAGAGUUUUAAGGAGAUGUACAAAUGGACAUACAGAUUCGGUUUAGAACAAGAGGCUGGUCAAAGAACGUUACCGGUGGAAAUGGCUAUAAGCCUUUGGAAACUUGUGUUUUCACAGCAGGAACCAGCAAUUCUACCACGGUGGUUAAACUUUCUUCAGAAGCAUCAGAAUAUACGCGGAGUGUCAAGAGACACUUGGGAUAUGUUCCUGAAUUUUGUUGAACAAGUUAGCGACGAUCUGAGUAGCUAUGAUGACACCGAAGCUUGGCCUAGCCUGCUUGAUGACUUUGUGGAGUAUGACAAUGAUUGUCAGAAUCAGAACGUGGAAACUGAUCUGCAUUUUACCCAGUGAUAUUGUUGUGUGUGUUUGAAAGACUUAAGUACAUGUACUUGUAAGUGACGUAGGACAUUUUUGAAGAAGUGUUAUUCCUAUUAAGUCAAAUUCUGUAGUUUUGAAUGUGUCAUUUAAAAUAAUAUUGUCAUUAAUUGCACAGAGGUUUUCAUACAUUUAUUUUUAAUGGUUAACUAUAAAAUCUAGCUGUAACACUUAGCUAAACCUGAUAGUGAUAGGAAUUUUCAUAAGUCUUAAAAAAGGGCCCUUAAAUAUCCUGUAAUAAUCUUGGAAUUCAAAAUUUUAGUUGCUAAAACAUUCAAUAUGCCUUAAAGCUGCACUAUCACAGAUUGGCAGUUUUGACAUUUUAUACUUUUGUAUCUCGGAAUCAGCUGAUUUUGGUAGCAAUGCCUUUAAUUUAGUCAUAAAAUAUAAUUCACAGUAAAGAUCUCAAUUGUUUGGAAAACUGUCGAAAAAUUCAUUUUCUUCGAGCAUAAGUAACACUUUUAGCAAUAAAAUAUCAAUUUUUUUAACCUAAAAUGAUAAUCUGCAAUCUGACCUUUUGUCAGCAGUCUUGUAUCACUGUUUUCUAGACAUUUAUACAGAAAUUGGCUUAUUCAAAGACAAAAACUAAAAAUGUUGUCAAAACGGUCAAUCUGUGUGAAUGCAGUUUUAAUCUUUGUUGUAUCCUCAAAUUUUUCUUGCUGUCUCUUUUAUAAUUUUUCUUUCCGACUGUCGGGAAUGUCAAGUUUAUGAAUAAUUGUUGACUGUAUAUGUUAUAUGGCUUUUUACCUGACGUUCAUGUACAUCAUUGACAUGUAUAAUUGUAUGUUGUUCCUGUGAAAUGUAUGUUCAUUCAAGUCACAAUCAAUAAUUGAUAACCAUAAGUACAUGUUCUAUGAUUACAUGUACCGGUAUCAAUUUGAUCAAACUACAUUAUGUAAUCAUACAAUUGUUCAAUUAUUCAUAACGUAAUUGUACAUGUGUACUGUACAGUAAGUAGGCCAAACAAAAAUAGUGUUGUGGAACAAGUUACCCGACCGACCCUAUCUGUUUUUAUUAGUAUUCAUUAUUCUUUUCAGUCCUUUUAGGGGCCGAAAUUCAACCCCCAUUACCCUCUUGAAAAAAUAUAUACUUUUCUACUACCCAGGUUAAAAAAUCCCCUUUUCGCCAAAAUGAUGCUACCGGUAUUUUUCCCUUAUUAAUGGGAUAGAAAAUAGACUAUUGAGCACAUUUAUUUGUACAAGGUGAUUAGUCAGUUUUCUUGUAAAUUAUGAUACUUUCUUGGCAACAUUCAUGUCAGAAUGUGAAUGUAUGUAAACAAUUGUAAUUAUUAUGUUCAUUUUUAGUAGACAAUAAAAUUAUGUUCCAAAAUAAAAUUCUUUCCCACCCUAUCUACAUGUAGCCUGUUAGCAUUUUUUGUCAGCAUGCUACAAGAACCACAAUAUUAUUUUUGUUCGGGCUUAUCAGAAAUGAUCAUAGCUGCAGCAAAGACCGAUGUUUCAUGUGUAUGCUCAAUAUUCCUGCAUUAAAUGCAUGUAUACAUUAAGUCAAUCUUAAUCUAUUAUCUUUACAACAAGUUGGAGUUUGUGGGUUAUCCCAUAGGAGACAGUAUCAGUCAGGAGAUCAUGAAACAAUUGUUUUUACAGGAAUACAUGUACUUAUACAGGGGUUUAUUGGGUAAGGGGGUGGGAAACAGUCUCGGAAACCUUCUUCAUUAUAUCAAUCCGAACUCCUCGUCCAUUUUCCAUCGAAAAAACCUCGGAUGUGUGCCGCAGUAGAAGUAGUUCAUAAAAUUAAUAAUUAUAAUAAUAUUAUUUAAAUUAAUUUUCAUAAUAUUAAUUUUUAUUAAUGAAUUGUAGCGAUUUAACAUCAGUCAUCGAAAUUACACUUUCGAUGAACAAGCCAGAAUUCUUAUACUAUUGCUUGGCAUCAUUUUUUUUAACAAGCCCUGCUAUUAUAAAAUUCAGAAUUUGAGCAAGCCUGGAAGACAUUUUACCAGUGCAGGGCUUGCGGGCUUGUGCUAAUUUCGACCACUGUAACGUGUUAUUUAUAUUACUAAGUUCACAUUGAUUCUCAGUUAAGUGUAUUAUUGCAUAAAUAAAUAAUAUUCUUUAGAGUAAAGUCCAUUAAGGUCACAGGUUUAACUGCUAAAUUGAAAUUUCUUUUUGAUCUACUUGCAGCAUACCGGUAAUUAAAUUUAAGGAAUUCUGACAUUGUAAACAUAAAAUACAAGGUUGCCUUUUCAUGGAAAAUGGCUGAGGUGCUCCCAUUAAUAAUGAUAUAUAUAUAGGCCAAACAAAUAACAUUUUUAAUUCAACAAAAAAAUCUGCCAGAAACUGUCACCUAUGGUUUAUCUCUGAUGCACAUAAAUUAGUGCUCAUUAUUGUUCAUUGCUUAAAAUUUGAACAUGAGUCUUUAUGUGUUAGCUAAUCUGAAAAAUAGUUGACUUGAUCUUCACAUUAGUUGUUAUGACUCAUCGCGAGUAAUUUACCCACUAGGAUAUAAUUACAUCACGAUAGUUUUAAAAUUGAAAUAAUGGAAAAUAGAUGUAUAACUGGUAUUCUUUGUGUUAAAAAUAGAACUAUCCUUAAGCUUAAUGGCAGGAAGCUAUUUUUUCAAUUGUUCUUUAUGUUUGUGUCCUUAAAAGAUACUAUUACGAUUGUUCCUGUCAAGGACUUUAAGUACCACUACAUGUUGUUUAUAGUUUUCUUUUUUGUUUCGACAAAAAUGUUAUGUGGGAAUUUUAUAUAAAAUAUAAACACAUUUUUUAUUGAUUUAUGUUGCAUUGUUCAUAAUAUUGAACUAACAUCUUUAUUUUGACAUAAUAUCAGUGGUUGAAAUUGGCACAAGCUCGUGACAUACCGUAUGCACAUGUAAAAUGCUUUCUGGGAUUGCUCAAACUCUGCAGUUUUUCAGACAGAACAUCUAUAAUUGAAUAAUGAAAACAACAACAAAAAACAUUCAAAUUUUUGGCAUUGGUCAAAUAUUGGCUGAAACAACACAGGAAAAAACCUGUGCUGAAUUAAAAAAAAAUAGAUGUGAAAAACUGUAACUAUGGAUUCUUGGCCCCUACAUCUUUGAAUGGCCCCCUUAACUACUACAAUUGUGAAAUGUGGUAAAGGAUCAUUUUUAUGUUUUUUGAAUAAACAAAAAUGCAUGAAAAUGCUGCACCACUGAAAGAUCUGCUUUCUGCUUGUGAUUACUUGGUGAAAGAAAUUCCAAUCUUAACAGUCUAAAUUCAACAGGUAUCCUCUAUGUAGCACUGUGCAUGAAAACAAUCUACCUGUUUAUCAUGAUGCAAAUUAUGUUGCCUGAUACGCUUUAUGAAAUAAAUAUUUGGUGUACAUAACAUGUAUACUGCACAUGUUUAACUGAUUUUCUAUCAGUUUAACAUGUGAUGUGCGUAUACAUUUAAGUACCUUGGGCAAUUAAAAUGUAUAUUCGUUCUUUUUUCAAUUACGAUUGUCAAGCAUUAAUUGCCAGAUCUAGUCAAUCCUGUCAUACUUACAACAUGUUCAUGUCAAUUGUAAUUAUAAAGAACAUUCAUAAAGGUCACAGUUAAAUGUCCCCUCGAAGUAGAUAAAAGGUAUAUGGCAAUUUGUAAUGCUUUAAGUCUUGUCAAUUUUUAAGAAAAACUUUGAUAGGGUUUUAGCCAAGUUUUAAAAGGACAGGGUGCAACAGAAAAAGGGGCAGGGUGCUAAGUGAGAAAUGGGCACAUUGUAUGGGGCUGUGAAGAACUUGAACAUAACAAUUUUAAAUAAACUGUUAGGAAUUGUUUUAAAGUAAAUUAGGUUUCAACUGCCAAAGUGGGGUUUGUAUGCAUCAUUAUAAUCAAAACAAAAGAAACAUUUGACAGACUCUUAAGCGUAAAUUCUACGAAGGCAGAAGAGAGCCCAUACUGGUCACAAUUAGAAGAGAAGGGUGCUAUCAAAAAUAACAGGGUGCAACACCCUCCCAUAACUCAUAUUUUAGCACACUUGUUAGGCAUUUCCGGUGAAUUCAGCCAAGUUGGAUAACUCUUCUGGCACCCCCCAUGCUACAUGAGUCAAGAGUUUUGACGCAAUUCUUUUUAUUUUUUUAUUAUACACUAUAUAUAUAUAUAUAAUAUAUAGAUAUUUUAAUGGGUGAUUUUUAUAAACAUUAAAUGUACAAAAAUAUGGCUUCAACCAAAUACAAAACAACCCUUUGAGUAUGUUAAAUUGAAGGAACUUCUUGAUGUUUGCAGUAAAUGCUUGAUUAGGCUUCAAAUACAUCAAGUUGGAUACAUGACUGUGAGGGCACCGGGGCUUCCACUUAAGGGAGUUUGGAAGUACAUGUAUACUCCCUAAAGAUGCAUUUAUCAAAAUUAGUCUUUUGGAUGAACAAGCCUGAAGUCAUUUACUAUUGUUUGGCAUUACAUUACAAGCCCUGGUGUAUAAAACCCAGAAUUUGAGCAAGCCCAGAAAGCAGGCUUGUGCUACUUUCAACCACUGAGGAUAGGCUAAAACUUCCAUCAGCUUUGAAGUGAAAAGAUUCCAACACAAUACAAGUAAUAUAAUAGUUGAAAAACAGUGGAACAAAUUGUAGUUUUUAAAGAGACUUCCACCUUUCAAAGAAAAACUUCCAAUAAUGAUAGCAAAGAAGUUCUUAAUGGAAGCCCUUGUGUCCUAGCAGUACAUUGCAUCAAUAUUUUCCUUCACGACCAUGUGAAUGCUUAUAUAAAUAAGUGAUAUUUGUUUGAUUUGUAUCAUAACUUAUUUCCCAGUUUAUUGAUUACUCUACUCUGCUGAAGAUUCUGACAUUAGCAAUGGCUACCUGACUUUUAAGAGUUUCAAGUUUCCAAGGGUCACACAAUACAAAUAUAGAAUGAAACACGAUUGGGAUUUUAAUUAGAUAUGCUGUAUUUUUGUCAUAACAUAUGGCUGUCAAUUAAUACCCGUAUUUGUCUAGAAAAGGUUUCUACAGCUUGUUAAGGAUACAAAUGUCCUUCUUAAAUUGUAAUAAUGAGCAACAUUUGUAUACAAUUUUUGUUUAUUAAAAAGGUUUUAGUGGGUAUGAUAUUACAAGUCUUUAAUUUGUCUGAAAUUUAACUUUAAUUUGUCUGAAUUUUAACAGUUUUUUUUAUACGCCUGUUAGUAGGAUGGGACGCAUAAUAGUGUACGUGUACUUCUGCCGGAAAAAUGUAAAUGCUUUUUGAUUGGAAAUCUUAUAUUAUCUUCUUUAAUUAUGUGUAAAAUUUUCUCAACUCCUAAAUACCGCUACACAAUUGAUGCAACGGAUAUAUGAAUUAUGCUUGCUUAAUAUUGAACUUCAAAACUAAAUGAUUUUUUUUUUCAAACAUUUUUAGUUUUCACCUUUUAAACAAUUUUAGCACUGAGGAAGGCCCUUAAUAUACACAUGUUAAUUCCAUUCAAACAGCACAUGGGAAACUCAAAGACCACAAAGUACAGCUGUUCUGUUUCAGGAAAGUCUGAAGAAAAUUGAUUUUGUGGGUGGUUUUAGGAAUCUUUAUUAAUUAUGUAUAUUUUCUAUAAUCCGAUUGAUACUUCAUGUUAGAACUUUUCCUGUACAUUUUGUAGGAUCUUAAGGGAAAAUAGGAAAUACUGGCCCUAACUAAUAUCAACAAUUCUAAAGUGUAACGCACUUAAGUAUCUUACUUCAUUUAGCAAAUUUAAACUUACUUGAAUAUGAUUUUAUAAAACAAAAAGAAGUUUAUCUUAAUCAUCUCAAAUAUGUUUUACUUGAAAAACCUCAAGUAUUUUUAAAAACAGAAUACCACACAAUUUAUACCCAAUAAAAUUUCUAAGCUAAGCUUGAUCCUGUUAUAAGGAACUUCUUUCAAGAAAUCAGGUCCAGGUCAUUGAUUACAAUGCACUUGUAAAUAAAAUAUCUUUUGGUCUUUUUCUUUUAUAUAUUUAUUAAGAAUUUGAGGCUUAAAUUAUUUUGAGUUUUAAAAAAACAACAACAGAAAAUUAGCAAAAUUAUAUUUUUAAUGAUGGUUUUGGUUAAAUUUUUUACACACACACACGAAUAAAUAAUAAUUUAGAAUGCUUUUCAAAAUGAAAAACAUAUAAUAGCCAGAUAUUUAAUUGAUAAUACACAUGUUAAUUGUAGUGAUAUUAUAAAUGUUAGUAUAAUUUGGAACAAAAGAAAACACAGCACUAUUACUAGAAUGAAAAAAAACCACUCUCUUCCACAGUGUUAGACCAUCAAUGAUCAAUUUCCUACCAUAGCUUUUAAGUUAAUGUUGUUAAUAUUUCAUUCUGUUCAAUACACUGACAUCUAUCAAUGCCAUCUUAAUCAAUUUGGUUAUUAUCAGCGUCAUUUAUAAAUAAUUAAUUCUCCAGUUUACUAUUUCUUGCUAUGAAAGUUUUACUGUUGACGCAGAUAACAACUUCAUGAUUUCUUUCUUGAUAUGAUUUCAUAAUUGAUAUUUCAAGUACUCUCUUGACAGCAGGCAAUAGUGAGUUCUGGCCACAAUUUCUGGAACAAAUUUUUAUAAUAAAAGAAAUUGGGCCUGAUUGUGAAUGUGAAAAAUUGUCUUUGAGCCACAUUUAUAAGGCAACUCUAUUUUUUCCUCCCAACCCUCAACUCUUUGUUAAGUGUGGAUUUUUUUGUAAUUUCCUUAAAAAUGCCCAUUUAUGUGUGGACAUGUAAAAAUUUGACCAUAUCAUUUUUUAAAACUUAUAGUUAAAAGUUAUAGAUUGGUGGGGUUCAGAAAUCGGGUUUCUCAAAAAAAUGCCCGCCGACUGACCAUAUAUUUUUAUGGAGAUGUGGAAACAAAGACUUUAUUUUAAGCCUUACUAUAAUUUUGACUUCUGAAGAUUCACAAUGCUCACUAUUCAAUACAAUCCUGAAUAAUUUAUAGAGGGCAUUGUCUAUAACACUAUUUACAUUAUUGACACAUGUAGAGUUUCAUGGUUCUGGUAUAAAUGCCUUACUUGUGUCUGAACUGUACAGCAAAAAAGGUCAUUUUUAAGUUUUACCAAUAAAAAUUGCUGAAGAAACCUUACGUUACAAUAAAAUCUUGAUUGACUGUCAAGGCAUCGGUUGUUGUUUACCGGUAAUCGAAAUGACGCUAAGUAGGGUCGAGACCCUCACAAUAGCUACAUGUACCUUCUUUGUUUAAUGGACAAAUAUAUGAAAUUCAAGUCCACAUGCACUUGUUUGUCCAGAGAUAUCAUGUGACACACUAUAGUCGAACUCUAAUGGUUUAACUGUAACUGUUACGAUGGUUCAGAAUCAUGUCAAUUGUUAAAUGGAGAUGUUUUAAUGGGUAUUGGGAGUUCGCUAGAAAUACCGGUAAUUAAUUGUUUGCUUGAAGUUUUAGGGUGGUAUGGAAAUUGAAUAUUUGUACAUGUAUCUAUUGUAGUUAGUUUUCUGUACUUUAUUUUUAUGAUUUAUCAUUUUUGUACACUUGUGACAAUCUAUGUACAUGUAGGCCAAUGCAAUUUUAAAUUGAAAGGCUUUUUAUGUUUAUAAUUUUUUCGCUGUUAUAUGUAGGGUGAAAUUUGCUAUUGUUGGAACGUUUUCAGAAAUAUAUUGUUAGGAAUUUUAAAAAAGAAUCUCAAAUAUUUCUCAUAAUAAUUAUCUGGAUUUUUUUUUCUCCAUAUAUCGUAUUUUAAAUGAUUUUAUUACCGUUUGAAAGAUAUGUUGCUUAGCAACAUUGUGCAAUAAUAAAGCCCUUUGUGAUUUUUGAUGUUUGGAGACAAAUGCUUUUAGAUCGUGAUGUACUUUUUAUUUAGAUUUUAGUCUUAAGAAAAGACUUCGUCUAAGCCUGUCCAUUUUUCGAAGAAAAAAUGUCACGUUAUUGUUAAGAAAAAUCAGUCAAGGUAUUUAAAAGUAGCAAUGAAAUGAUUGACAUGUUGCCAGAGACAAUAUGCACAUUUAUAAAAAGGCCCAUAACUCUUGCUUUAAUAAUGACUGGGGUUUGCUAGUCUGGGCUCUUGUAAUAAUUCCUUUCCAGGUGUUAAUUUCAUUCAUUUGAAGAAUGAUGCUUAUAUUCAGAACUGAAAAUAAUAUAGAAUCUCUUUUUAUGUACCAUAUAAAUGACCAUGUUGUUCUUCUAUUGGAAUAGUCCCAAUGUCAUUAUUUUGUUUUUUUAAACUUAUUUUUUAUAAAGUAUAUGUAUUUUUUUUUUAAUAAUUUUAUUGAAAUAAAAUGUAAUUCAUUCACCAUCCAUACUGAAGUUCUGUCAUAAGUUUUAGGGUAUUUCAUAUUGUUCGGGCAUUUUCUUUAAUGUACAUGGUAUGAUAUCAGGAAGAUGGCUCUGUCAGUCAAAUGAUCGUAAGUCAAACCGCUAUUUCUGUGUUGUAUUCAUAACUUUGUCAAAAUUACAGUAAAAGUAUUUUUUUUCAUUGAUACAUUUUUAAUCUGCUAUUUUUCUAACAUUGAUUUGAGACAACUGUUUCAGAUUAUGUUAUUUAAAUUUAGGCCACCCCUUUUAUAUUUUUUUGAAUUACAAAACCGGCGACCGUAAUUUUUUGUAAAAUGGAAAAAAAAAAAAAAUCUCUUGUUCACUGUUUUAUUUUUUAAUUUUAGAACAUAAUAAAAAAAUUCAUGUAUAAAAGUUAACAGUGAUGUCGUUUAUCACGAUGUUAACUUUAAAGGGACUGUACACCAGAUUGGCACCAAAAAAAGAUUUUUUCUGUAACAAAUCUCAGGACAAUUAUUUAAUAGAAUGUGUUAUGCUUUGAUAUCAUAAUUGUAAAAAAGUACCAAAAUGUAAAAAAAAAUUGUCUAGGAGACACUGGGUUCGAACCCGUGUCACCAAAAUUGCAGUCCAGUGCAUAUCCACUGAGCUACAACGGCUUACUCUAAUUGGGUGACAUAAUUAAGCUAUACACCUAACUCGGUAAUAUCACGUGAUAACACCGACUAGCCAAUCACGCAUAAGGAAUGAAUUCUACUAGGUAGACAUAACCAGUAAUAUUAAUGGAAAAAUACGAAAUAACUGCUAAACUUAAAUAAAUUGUAAACUAUGUGGUACUUCAGUUAGUAAGUUUCAAUGCAUUGUACACAUUAAUACCAAGUUUAUGUCAGUUUUCGACAAUUUUCUUUUUUUCUGGCAAAUUGAUCAUCUGGUGUACAGUUGCUUUUCUGAACAAUCGGCCAUAUAUCUAUCUGUCGUGCACACAUUGAUAAGUUGAACUCAUUAUGUAUUUUAAUUAUUAAUCAUACAAAUUAUAUUCAUCAUCUUUGACUGAUAAUUCCACUGAUAAUUGUAUAUCAUGUUAAAAUGAAAGUCGUUUGAUGUUAAUAGUUAAAACUGCAAUUAUGAAUCAUAUGUAUAUACCAGUACAAAUAAUAAAUUUCUUUCUGUGAAAAUGUGUUUAUAUGAAUGUUACAACUGUUUUGUAUCUCUGACAAAAUCGUUUGUUCAUUUUGUCAAUAAACAUAAGUUUAAACAGCUGUGA